CCUGUCCUAUCCUGUCCUUUCCUUUCCUUUCCUGUCCUGUCCUGUGCUCCUGUCCUGUACUUUCCUUUCCUUUCGUUUUCUGUCCUGUGCUCCUGUCCUGUCCUGUCCUUUCCUUUCCUGUCCUGUGCUCCUGUCCUGUACUUUCCUUUCCUUUCCUUUCCUGUCCUGUGCUCCUGUCCUGUCCUUUCCUUUCCUGUCCUGUGUUCCUGUCAUAGAUUUUUGUGUGUUUAAUUUAAUUUUUUUUGUGUGUUUAAUUAAUCUUUAAUUUUAUUUUAGUUUUUCCCAAGUGGACUCCUGCAAGUAUUUAUUUUUUUUAGGCGAAUACAUUUUGUUCAGCCCAGCCUGUUCCUCCUGCCUCCCUGCAUUUUGGGCUCCUCCCCCCAUCAUGCAAAACUUGACAAUGAUACCUAAAAAUACAUACAAGGUUUGGCACAUUGCAUCAAUUUUCAUUCAAAAGGAGAAUCGCUUGUGACAGGGUGAGAAGACCUUCCAAGGUCACACCAAACACAUGCACCCACGAACCCGACACACGCAUACAAUCUAUAGGAUAUGCUGCGAUUUGUGAAUGGAAAUUAAAUUGAUCCAAAACAGAGGGGUACAUGCAUCAGUGUGCAGACAGCAUUCUGAACAAUGGUGUGUGUGGGUGUGUGUGUGGGGGGUGUGAUGUCAGCUGCUGGUCUCACAACACUGGAGGCCUUGCCAAAGGGUGAACUUUAGCCUGUCAUCUUCACUAAAGGUAAUUCUGUGAAGUCAGGACAUGGUCUCCUGAUUGUCCCACCACAGGAACAACACAAGUGAAGACGAGACCACCCUGGGCCAUGACUGCUUUGCUGAACGAAACCAAUGUGGUUGGGAAUUCAGCCGUUCUGCUGGCGACCACAGACUCUCCCUUCAACUUGACUCCAGCUUCUCUGGCGGAACUUGUAUCGGACCAGCCGGUGGCUCCUCUUUGUACCGUAUGCUGCUGCGGCUUUCUCAAUCGUGCCUUUGCCGUUGCGUUCAUGGUCAGCUUAACUUUCGCAAUAGUGGUUGGGAAUGUGAUCACUCUGACUGUGUUUGUGCAGACGAGACAGUCCAGGACACCACAAGGCUACCUGAAAGUGUCUCUGGCGAUAGCGGACGUGAUGGUGGGCAUCGUUGUGGUCCCUUUCUCCGUUUACACUGAAGUCUCACUGAUGGUAACCUACACACCUCCCGUUUGGUACCAGAGUGGUUCAGCAUCUCAGGCGUCCCUUCUAAGUGGACCGAGGAACCCCUGGCAGCCCUGCAUGCUGAUCGGACCCGUGUUCGCCGGGUGCACGUUUGUCUCCAUCAGCACCAUAUUCCUCAUGACGGUGGAGCGAAGCGUGGCCAUCCUGCGGCCGCUGCACAAGGACGCCUUGGUGACACGGAGGAGAACUCUUCUCCUCAUCCUGCUCUCAUGGGCUGCCAGCUUUCUCCUCGCACUCGCGCCGCUCUUAUUCAGCAGCAACUUCACUUUAGAGUACAAUGAGUGUAGCCGCAUGUGCAACUACUCCCCGGUGUUGCUGGGCAACCGGCUGCCGCGUGACGCCAACAUCCUGCUGUUAUUCCCCGUAUUUGACUUUACUCUUCUUGGGGGAACGUUCGCUGUGAACAUCAUGUCGUUCACCAGCAUCAGGAAGUACUCCAGGAGACGCAAACUCCUCUCAGAGGGGAGUUUGACCGAUGGUGGAGGAGGCGGGUCAUGCCCCCACAGACCCUCCUUUUCAGAUAUUAAAGCCGCAAAGACCAUUAGCAUCUUAACCUUUGCUUUCACCGCAUCCUUCUCUCCCAUUGCAGUGUUUGUGCUGGGGAACGUGGUGGGACACACCUGGUGCAACUUCUCCUUUGUUGCCUUCUGGAUUCUAACGGCAAACAGCUGCUGCAACGUGAUCAUCUACAGCGUUAGGGACCAUCGUUUUCGGAAGGGGGUGACCCUGCUCUUUCGGCGCCAUCACUGUCCCCCGCAGGAGGAGAAAACCUGAAACGUGCAUUGUUGCUUCUCCAUGGGGUAGCUUUAAAUGUUGUCAUCCGGUCUAAGGCGAGAUUUUCGUCUCUUUGUGU